AUGAAUAAUAUGCCAAAGGAGUUGUUUUGGAACUCACACGAUAUCGGACAGAUAGAAGGUUUCGGGUAUUUCGUGGCGGCAAUGGAUGGCACCGCCGCAUUCAGGUCAGGAUUCGAGCCGAGAAACGACGGCAUUUUAUUGACAUCCUUCACCAAAACCGGAACCACCUGGCUCAAGGUUAUCUGCUACAACAUCCUCGACAAAGAAGCAGGAGAAGACCUUCUGGCAGAGAAGAACCCACACGAAGUGGUUCCCGCCCUCGGAAACACUUUCCUCAAAGACCAAAUCCAACGCAUGUUGCUCAGUUUUUCGUCUCCUCGAUUGCUCCACACUCAUUUGCCUUACAGUAACUCUCCAGUUCGUCGAGCUCGAACACCAUUGUUUGAAAUUCCACUAGCUCGAUUUGGCUUCAUCUUAGCCAUAGGGCAGUGGCAGAGAAAAUCACCGGUGUUUUUAACUCUUGGCGGGACAUUGGAGUUUUUUAACGUCUUUGUCCUGCCAAAUCGACCAUGUGGCAUCGGUUGCCUAGACUGGUCUUGUUUUGUCAGCUGCACACACUUACGACGUUGUUGA